AUGUCAGCUCAGAACCCAUUGGAAUCGAUCGACGAGUUGUCGUGCCACUUGCCCACCAAUUGUGACGUCGCCGAUGUCCCCGUUGGUAUGGCCGAUGGCGCUGUUGAUGAGUCGCCUAUUUUGGUCCAUACUGAUGUCUUGGAUAGCGUGUUCAGCACCACCCUUGACCAGAAUGACCAGUUGAUUAGCCACACUCCCAUGUUUGACGAGUUGGACUUUAUAAUGGACGGCAACAAGGUGAACCUGAAGGACGAUUGGGUUUCUCUCUUCAAGGAUGAACCUGUAGCUGAGCCAGCUGUUCCUGCUAAGGAGGAGGACUUGGGCGAUUUAUUCGCUGACGAGGAACCAGAGCCCGUCUUUGCCGUUCCCGAAGCGCCUAAGCAGCUUGAGACUCCGAUGACCCCAGCCUUGGCCACACCUGUGUUGGACAGAAAGAGAACCUCAUCGGUUUCUUCUGCCAGCAAGGUGUCCAAGAGAAGGGUCGACCACUUGGGUGUUACGUCGUACUCCAAGAAGCAGAGAAGCCAGCCAUUGAAGCCAAUCGACAUGGAAUCCCAGGACCCCGCUGCGUUGAAGCGUGCCAAGAACACCGAGGCUGCCAGGAGACUGAGAGCCCGGAAGAUGGAGCGCAUGUCGCAGUUGGAGGAGAAGGUUGAGGUGUUGAUGCGUGAGAAGCAAGACCUUGCUAGCGAAGUAAUUCGCUUGCGGGAGUUGUUGAUCGAGCACAACAUCGAGUGUUGA